CCUCCUCCGCGCCCACCAUCUCGGGGUUCCUGGGCUGUAAGGCCAGCAGGGACAGAGACUAUGAGGCAAGCAGCCCACCGACCCAGGCCUCCUUAGGACCAGCCCGGCCGCCCAGCAAGCUAGCAAGCUAGAGAGCAACAGCGGAGAAAAUAGCAGGAGAUAAAGGACCACAGUGGACCACUGGGGAUCACCCCCAGCAGCUCCUGCGGACCCUAGCCAGGCUGAGGAGUCGUGAUGGAUGGGCAGAUUCACAGACGCUGAUGGACACACAAUGACACCAAUGCACACACAGCUGCACAACACAGAUGCUCAGAUACAACCAGUGACAGCAUCACAGACUGCCACAGCCCUGCAGUACAGACCCCCCCACCCCAACUACACACACACACACACACACACACACACACACACACACACACACACAGAGAAACAACUGGUAACUCCGAAACCGGCACAGACAGUGACACACAGAACCACUACCCCCCACCCCAACACACACAAGUGGAGGCACUCAUCCUUCAAACACACACAUAAGACAGUGCUGACCUGCACACACAGACCUGGAAACACACACACACCCUCACCCAGGAGCUGCUGUUGGUGGCCUCUGCACAUCCUCCCAGCCCCCACGGGGACAUCCGCGCUCCUCCACACACUCUUGCACACACACAGCCACGAGUAAAUACAGCUCACAUACCCCCAGCUCUAGCUCCGGCAGCCCUGACUCCUGCAGCCUCCUUUGUGGGUGAGGAAGAACACAGCCAACCUUGGAUGGAGCCCCGGUGAAGCCAAGAGGUCAGAGAGGAAAGGGUCUGGCCUGGCAUGACCCUCGCCAGCCCCUUCACUUGGCUGGGUGAUGUCCCCCGGCCCGGGCCCUGGGGCCCUCUGGCAGUACCAUGGAGCAACUGAAAGUCCUCCCGCAGCCGGGGAACCCCAGAGCCAUGGAGCCAUGGGCACAGUCUGCCUGGCCGAGCUGGACUCCAGGCCAGGGGGACGAAUCUGGAGGCUCGGUCCCAAGCAUUGCCGAUACUCCGGCAGUUCUGCAGGUUGGAGAAUUAGGGCCUUUGGAGAACUCCGAGCCCGAGGGAGCCCGGAGCCCAGGGCCUGUGGAGGGCAUUGACCCUGAAGGAACAGAAACUGGGGUGCCCAGCCCAGGGAAGCAAGCAGCAAGCUCAGGACCCAGCUGCCCAAGGCUGGAGGAUGAGGAGGUAGAGGCUUUCCGUAAGGGCAAGCUGAACAUGGGCUUCGGGGACAAGCCCAAUCUGGAGCUGCUGAGGGCCCUGGGGGAGCUGCAGCAGCGCUGUGCCAUCCUUAAGGAGGAAAACCAGAUGCUGAGGAAGAGCAGCUUCCCAGAGACGGAGGAGAAGGUGCGGAGGCUGAAGCGGAAGAAUGCCGAGCUGGCGGUCAUUGCCAAGCGCCUGGAGGAGAGGGCCCAGAAGCUGCAGGAGACUAACCUGAAGGUGGUGAGUGCCGCCGUGCCUCGUCCAGGGGCCAGAUUGGAGUUGUGCCAGAAGGCCCUGGCCCGCCAGCGAGCCCGGGACCUCAGUGAGACAGCCAGCGCCCUGUUGGCCAAGGACAAGCAGAUUGCUGCCUUGCAGCGGGAGUGCAGGGAGUUGCAGGCCAGGCUCACCCUGGCGGGCAAGGAGGGCCCCCAGUGGCUCCACAUGCGGGACUUCGACCGGCUGCUGCGCGAGUCCCAGCGGGAGGUACUGCGGCUGCAGCGGCAGAUUGCCCUGCGCAACCAGCAGGACCCGCCCCCGCCACCCGGGCCCUCAGGCCCCACUGCCCGGGUCAGAGCAGGGGCAUCCGCCCCCGGGAUCCCCCGAGAGGCCACACCCCAAGAGGAUGUGGAAAACCCACCCGUUGUCCUAGGGGAGCCAGAGAAACAACAGAGGGUGCAGCAGCUGGAGUCAGAGCUUAGUAAGAAGCGGAAGAAAUGUGAGAGCCUGGAGCAGGAAGCCCGAAAAAAGCAGAGGCGAUGUGAGGCGCUGGAACUGCAGCUGAGAGAAGCCCAGAAUGAGAAUGCCCGCCUGGUGGAGGAGAACUCUCGGCUCAGUGGGAGAGUCACUGAGAAGGAGCAGGUGGAGUGGGAGAAUGCAGAGCUGAGAGGCCAGCUCCUGGGGUUGACACAGGAGAGGGACUUGGCCCUUCGCAAGAGCCAGGGCCUGCAGAGCAAACUGGAGAGCCUGGAGCAGGUGUUGAAGCACAUGCAGGAGGUGGCCCAGCGGCGGCAGCAGCUGGAGCUGGAGCAUGAGCAGGCUCGGCUCAGCCUGCAGGAGAAGCAGGAGGAGGUCCGGAGGCUGCAGCAGGCCCAGGCAGAAGCCAGGAGGGAACACGAAGGGGCUGUACAGCUGCUGGAGUCUACCCUGGAUUCCAUGCAGGUCCGGGUUCGAGAGCUUGAGGAGCAGUGCCGCAGCCAAACAGAGCGCUUCAGCCUCUUGGCGCAGGAGCUCCAGGCCUUCCGCCUACACCCUGGCCCCUUAGAUCUGCUCACCUCAGCCCUGGGCUGCAGUACUCUUGGGGACCGCCCGCCACCUCCCUGCUGCUGCUCUACUCCCCAGCCCUGCCGGGGUUCUGGCCCCAAAGACCUUGACCUCCCGCCAGGCUCCCCAGGGCGCUGCACCCCAAAGUCUUCUGAGCCUGCCCCUGUCACCCUUGCUGGGGUCCCUCGAAGGACGGCCAAGAAGGCAGAGUCCCUCUCCAACUCCUCUCGCUCUGAGUCCAUCCACAAUAGCCCUAAGUCAUGUCCUACGCCUGAGGUGGACACAGCCAGUGAGGUGGAGGAACUAGAGGCAGACACCAUCUCCUUGCUCCCAGCAGUGCCGGAGGGCAGCCGGGGAGAAGCCAGGAUCCAGGUCUUCCUAGCGCGCUAUAGCUACAAUCCCUUCGAGGGCCCCAAUGAGAAUCCAGAGGCAGAGCUCCCACUUACUGCGGGCGAGUACAUCUACAUCUAUGGCAACAUGGAUGAGGAUGGCUUUUUUGAAGGAGAGCUCAUGGAUGGCCGAAGAGGCCUGGUCCCUUCCAAUUUUGUAGAGCGUCUGUCCGACGACGACCUCCUGACCUCCCUCCAUUCGGAGCUGGCCGAUUUGUCCCACAGUUCAGGCCCUGAACUCAGUUUCCUGAGCGGAGAUGGGGGUGGCAGCAGUGGUGGGUGCCAGAGCAGCGGGGGACGCAGCCAGCCCAGAUCGGAGGAGGAGGAGGCUGCAGGGGAUGAGCUCAGUCUGAGCCCCCCACCCGAGGGCCUGGGCGAGCCCCCUGCUGUGCCUUACCCCCGCCAUCUGGCCAUCCUCAAGCAGCUGGCCCACAGCGUGGUGCUGGCUUGGGAGGCACCUCCUGAGCGAGUGGAGCUACGUGGCUAUCAUAUCUGCGUGAAUGGGGAGCUGCGUCAGGCCCUGGGACCUGGGACACCCUCCAAGGCUGUGCUUGAGAACCUGGACCUGCGGGCUGGGCCCCUCCAUGUUUCUGUGCAGGCCCUGACCAGCCGGGGCAGCUCUGACCCUCUGCGCUGUUGCUUGGCGGUGGGUACCCGGGCCGGAGUGGUACCUAGCCAGCUGCGGGUCCAUCGACUGACAGCCACGUCUGCUGAGAUCACCUGGGUGCCCAGCAAUAGCAACUUGGCCCAUGCCAUCUACCUCAAUGGGGAAGAGUGUGCCCCUUCCCUCCCCGGCACCUACUGGGCCACCUUCUGCCACCUGCGCCCUGGUACACUCUAUCAGGCCCAAGUGGAGGCUCAGCUCCCACCUGGAAGGCCCUGGGAACCAGGCCAGGAGAGGCCAGAGCAUCGGGCUGCCACCCUGCAGUUCACCACACUCCCAGCAGGCCCACCUGAUGCCCCCCUGGAUGUGCAGAUUGAGCCGGGGCCCUCCCCUGGAAUCUUGAUCAUCAGCUGGCUUCCAGUAACAAUUGAUGCUGCCGGUACCUCCAACGGCGUCCGGGUCACAGGCUAUGCCAUUUAUGCAGAUGGACAGAAGAUCAUGGAGGUAACCUCGCCCACAGCAGGCAGCGUGCUGGUGGAGUUGUCCCAGCUGCAGCUGCUGCAGGUGUGCAGCGAGGUGGCCGUACGUACCAUGUCGCCCCAUGGCGAGUCGGCCGACUCCAUUCCGGCUCCUGUUGCCCCAGCCCUGGCUGCGGCCUGCCUGCCAGCCAGGGUCUCCUGCCUCUCACCACGACCAGGCUCGGAGGCCAGACCACCCCUUGCCCCAGCCACCCCAGGGCCUGGAGACCCCAACUCCCCUCUCCGGCGCCCUGAGCCCCAUAGAACUCAAGAACCCCCCGGGGGUCCCCCAGCAAGUCCUCCCAGAGAGACACCAAAAGGAACCCAAGAGGAGCCCCCAGCACAUUGCUCCCAGGAGGAGGCUGGGGCAGCUGUGCUGGGCACCUCAGAGGCUAGGAAGGCCAGCGAGCCAGCUGUGAACGAGAGAGCUCCUGGCCCUGCAGCUUCCUCACUGGCCCAGGAGGAGGCCGAGUGGACCGUGGGAGAGGCCAGCCCAGCAACCUGCUCUACCCAGGGAGCACUGGCCCAGAAGGUGCCCUGUGCCGAGGCCUGCCUUGGAGGAGACAUGGGGUCUGGGCUGAGGCCCAGGGCUGAGAAGGACACGGCAGAGCUCGGGGUCCGUCCAGUGGGCUCCCUGGUGGACCACGGCCGCAACUCAGAUCUGUCAGACAUCCAAGAGGAGGAAGAGGAAGAGGAGGAGGAGGAGGAUCUGGGUUCCAGGACUUGCUCUUUCCAGAAGCAGGUUGCUGGCCACAGCAUCAGGGAGAACGGGAUCAAGCCCCAACCCCAGCCUGAGCCCUUCUGUGAGACGGACAGCGAUGAGGAGAUCUUGGAGCAGAUCUUGGAGCUGCCCCUCCAGCAGUUCUGCAGCAAGAAGCUCUUUAGCAUCCCUGAGGAGGAGGAAGAGGAGGACGAAGACGACGAGGAGAGGCCAGGGGCAGGAUCUUCCCAAGACCUCAGCCCGCCUGAGCCUUUGUUGCCCGGGCUGGGCUGUGAUGGCAGUCAACCCCAAGGACCUGGCCCACGUCCCUCGUCUCCUGAGCCCUCCAGUGCCAGGGAACACCCGGAGGACAUGGCCAGACUAGGUGGUGGAAGCAGCUGGAGGAAAGGCAGUGGCUCCACCGAGAUGCCCCCAAACCGCAAACGGUCCCCAGAUCUUCGUGAACACUGCAGCCGCCUUCUCAGUAACGGCGGGCCCCAGGCCUCUGGACGACCAGGCCCCACAUGGGAGAGGGGCGGCCCCCCUGUGUGUGAGGGCACCAGGGGUGGACCAGAGGCUGGUGGGACAGGGCGCCUGGUCCCCUCCCAGAGGUGCCCACGUGGCCGGACCCCAGAAUCUGGCCUGGCCAGCUGCCUCUCCCCCAAGUGCUUGGAAAUCAGCAUCGAAUAUGAUUCUGAGGACGAGCAGGAGGCAGGCGGCGGCGGGGGCAUCAGCAUAACUAGCUCCUGCUACCUCGGAGAUGGGGAGGCCUGGGGCACGGCACCCAUAGGAAGGCCCAAGGGGGCUCUGAAGGCCAAUUCAGGCCCCAACCCCUACCCAUGCCUCCCGGCCUGGGAGACAGGGGAGCCAGAACGGAGAGGCCGCAGUGCGACUGGCAGAGCCAAGGAGCCAGCCUCCCGGGCAACAGAGGUUGGGGAGCCUAGAGGGCAGGACAUCUCUGGGCGGAAGGGCCCCCAGCGGAAAGGGGGCCGGCCCCCCAGACCAGGCACCACUGAGUUGGCCCCUCUGAGGAGCUCCCCAGGAGUGCUGACUUACCCGGACCUACCUGUCAGGGUGUUUGUGGCUCUGUUUGAUUAUGACCCCGUGUCAAUGUCACCUAACCCUGAUGCCGGGGAAGAAGAGCUCCCCUUCCGUGAGGGCCAGAUCCUGAAGGUGUUUGGAGACAAAGAUGCUGAUGGCUUCUACCGGGGUGAAGGUGGGGGCCGGACGGGCUAUAUCCCCUGCAACAUGGUGGCCGAGGUGGCUGUGGACAGUCCCGCAGGGAGGCAGCAGCUGCUCCAGUGGGGUUAUUUGUCCCCAGAUGUCCUUGUUGAGGGCUCAGGGAAUGGUCUCUUUCUGUACUCCACAGCCCGCACAACUGGGCCUCCCCCCAAGCCCCGCCGGUCCAAGAAAGGCCCCCCCAAGCCAGUCUCCUCUGCAAACCUGAGAGCUCCCCGCUCCAUGGUGGCUGCAUUUGACUACAACCCCCAGGAGAGCUCCCCCAACAUGGAUGUGGAGGCAGAGCUGCCCUUCCGAGCAGGGGACAUCAUUACUGUGUUCGGGGGCAUGGAUGAUGAUGGCUUCUACUAUGGGGAACUGAAUGGACAGAGGGGCCUGGUUCCAUCCAACUUCCUGGAGGGCCCUGGGCCUGAGUUGGGCAGCUCAGACAGGGAGCCUGGGACACCCCAGGCCGAGAGUCAGAGAACGAGGAGGAAACGAGUCCAGUGCUAGAUAGAGACAGAUAUAUGUAGAGAGAGCAACAUGACUGGGCCAGCUCAAUACAAGCGCCCCCAGUGCUCCCAGGCUGGCCCUGUGCCUCUGGACCUGGCGGCUUCCCUAGGAUUGAACUGGAGGGGCCACAGGGUACAAGUGAGAAGGUGCGAGAUCUCUCCAAGGGGAAGCAGCUCCUCAGGAAACUGGGCUCUGGGAAGAAGGAAUGAUGCUGUGGCCCAUCCUGCAGGAAGAAGUGGCCCCCUGAUGCCCCCAGAUCACUGUCCUGGCUUGGGGGAGAUGGGGAAGCGCCCUGGACUUCUGUUCUUCUGAAUUAACACUGUGGCAAUUGGAAGGGAAUCAGACUCGGUCAAGGUCAGAGCUAGAUGAGUACUUGAGGAGGAAUCCUCUGGAUGGGCACCUUUCUCUUAUAGGAGGGGAAACUGAGCCCCAGAGAGAAAGUAACUCUGCCAAGGUGGCUGAGCACCUCAGUCACAGAGCCAGGACUGGACCUGGGGCUCUUGACUUCUAGUCCGCUCACUGAGGCCUAGUUUCUCACCACGCUAUGCUAGUCCCUUCUCUGGCCCUCACAGCUCCCAGGACCGAGGACCCUAGCGGGAGAAAGGGGCCUGUUCCCUCUGGUGGCUAUCUUGAUCAUGUCUUCCCUCCCCUGAAGGAAAGUUUGCACUGGAUUGUCCUCAGUCCCCUCCCUACGGGGCAGGCGGCGGAGCCAUGUAUAUAUGUACAUACUCAGUGCCUCAGUCCGGCUUCCUCCAUCUCACUUCCACCGCACAGGCCCAGGAAGGAGAAAGGCCAUGCCAAAGCGGGCCUAACCCUGCCCCCCAGAGUGCUCCACUCCUCCCUGCCAGCCCAGCCUCUGGUCCCCCAGUGUGUCCCCAACCCCAAAGACCCUGGGCGCCAGCAGGCAGAAAGCAGGAGUUGGGUUUGCCUUAUUUUGAUCAUCCGAUUCAAUUUCUCUUUUGCAUCCUUUUCCCCUGGCCCCUGUCGGAGUCCGGGGCCAGGGAAAAGGAGAGAUUUAUGCAGCUAUUUUCAUACAUUCCCAGUUCAGAGUAGGGUAGGGGCUCUCCACCCUUACCCUAACCACCCAUCCCCACCCUCCUGCUGGAUGAGUGUCUGCAUGUUUCCUUUGCUGUGGUGGGAGAUUGUUUGAACCCCCACUCCCACCUUGGUCUCCAGGGGUGAGGAAUGGUGGGGGCAUUUGUUUAAAAAGACAUUUUAUUAUAAUAAAGUCUAUUUUCACAAAACCCA